GAAAAUUUGAACUUCAAACAGAACAUGUCAGCGGAUCUUCCCGACCAUUCCUCUUCGAGUUGUUCGUCUCCAGAACUACCAUCAGAGAGCCGCGGUAGCUCCGUGUCUCCAGGACUGAGAGAAGAAUACGAGGGUAUCCUGAAGUACGCAGUGGUGGCCCCUAAAUUGCUGGGAGAGAGCUCGUCCCUCUCUCAACCUCCGCGGCCGUCUCCUCCCGCCCCUACUGCCUUGGACACGAGAUCAAAGCCUGACGAAGAGGAAGAAGAAGAAAGCUCCUCACAGUCGCUUCCCUCACAGCUUCCCUCGCCUCCCCACCCCACCUCUCCCCCU